AUGAAUAUGAAUAAGGUAGAAAGGUUUGAUACCUCAUCAAUCCCCUUGGAAACUCUCGAAACGAUAAGAAGCAGGCUAAACCAAGUGCACCUAUCUCUUCGUAAACUCUUUGAUCAAUUGAAUCACCACAAUAGACACCCUACUAAGGUCAGAUACCCAUCGUACCAGUCGCUACAGAGCCAAUUUCAAAUCUUGCUUACGCAAUUACACACCUUGACCAGCAACUUAGACAGCAAUGACGAACAAUUAAAGUCCACAAAUGUGUACCCUUUGCCAACCUUCCCUGCUGCCCAGCAAGAGAACUUGUUAACUACGUUGCUUAGGAAGAAGCCAUUACCAGAAAUCGAUGAAUGGAUAGAUAACGCCAUAUUAAAGUGUAAGCAGCUUAAUGAAAGCACUCAACAGUCGUCAGCACUGCUUCGACAAGUCGACGAAUUUGCACAGUGGUGUUCAGCCAAAGUGGAAGAACUACAGGAAGAGUUUCACUUCUAUGGGUUCCAGACUGCGCAGGAAUUGGAACAUUCGACCACUGAAGAAGGUGAAAAGGAGAAAGUAAAGAAAGCAGCAUUAGAGUCGAAGAGAACUGAAGAAGAAAGAGCAAUUACCGAUGGAGAUAAGAAGCCAUUGACCCCGAACCAGAUCUUGAAGUUCAUGUUCCAAGAUGUCAGGCCGUAG